AUGAUAGAAAAUAAGGAGUUUGAGGGUGAAGAAACAAACCCAAAAAUGCUAGGAAAAGACCUCGGAAAAGAGAAUUUUAAGGAGACAUUUCGUAAAAUCCAAGUCAUUCUGGAACAAUUGCAAAAAUCCGAGGAAGAAAAGGACCACGCUGACGGAUUAAGGAUACCCAGAACUUCGGAGUCAACUUUCAUCUCACCUCUAACUAGUCCGAGAUUUGGCGCCACCUACUAUGCGUCUUCCCAGGCCUUAAAAAAAUCUCGUUCUAAUUUGACUUUGUCUUCUCCUACCCAAAAAAAAUUUUCUCUGACUCGAAGUCGAGGUAACAGUGUUGAUAAGAAGUUAGAAAGAGCAAACGAGGACGUUGAAAAAAAAUAUUGGGAAGAAAGAGUAAGGAAAAUUACUUUUGAAAAAGACCAGCGAGUAAAAGAAUUAGAAAGAAUUAUUAGUAAACUGUCAAGAGAAAAGCAAGAAUUAGCAGAGAAAAAUCUUCUUUAUGCCAAAGAAAUAUUUGCCAAAAAAGAAGAAUUAUAUCAAGAAGCAGAACAAACCAUAAUUCAUUAUCAGCAACAAUUAGAAGAAGAAGAAGAAAUUCAUAAUAUUUUUUCGUUGGAACCGGAAAAAGUUUCUUCCGACCAAGAAAAUUUGGUUUCAAACCACACCCUCCUGGAUGAAUUAGAAGAAGCACAAAAAAAAUUGUCAGAAGACGAUAAACUAACCACAAUUAAAGAAACUCUAAUUGCUAAUUACCGACUUGACGAAAAAGAAAGAGAGUGGUUAAUGAGUGUAGAAAAAAAUGAUUGGGCGAAAAUCACACAAAUUAUAGUUGAUAUUCAAUUAAAGCGAUUUAAACAACGCAUAAAAGGUUCUUUUUUCACCCCUUGCCAAAAAAGCGAGACUGGGUUAUCCUCUCCGGCUAGUAGUUCUGCCUCUUUUUUUAGCGAGCCAAUUAUCGGAACUAAUCCGUUAACCACGACGCCAGGAAGAAUUACACCCGUCGAGAGAAGAAAUAGUUAUUUUGGUGGCUUUUUCCCUGAAUUUUCCCGAAUUAGCACUAAUGAAAGUACUUGCUCGGCCUGUGGAAAAAUCCGAUUCGAAAAUGAGAAUGAAGAUAAGCAAGAGGAAUUAGAAAAUUUGCAGAGAAAAAAUUCCGAAUUGGUAAGAGAAAAUCGGAAAUUACAGAAAGAAAACAGAAGACUAAAAAGUGAAUCAGGUAGUUUUGAAAUAAAAAACGGAGAACUAAAAAAACAAGUCAUGGAAGUUGGUUCUAAAUUGGAGUCUAGUAGUGAGGGAUUAAAAGAAUUAUCAUUAGAAAAAAUAGACAAAGAGAUAGAAUUAAAAAACCUUAACGAGGAGAAAAAGAAAGUUGAAGAAGAAAAAGCCAAAGUCGAAGAGCAAUUACAAAAAGCCGAGGAAAAAAAUAGCGAGGAAAAAAAUAGCAAGCAAGAAUUAGAAUUAGAACGUCGUAAUAAAAUAAUUAUCCGGCAAGGA